AUGAGAAAAAAGUGGAUAUUGGAAGAUCUUAAUUUUAUCUUUUUUGGUGUGCUCUGUCUCCUUUUCAUAGAUGGAGGUAAACUAGAACAAGUAAAACAUUCAGAUACAUACUGUGUGUUUCAAGAUAAGAAGUAUCGUGUAGGAGAAAGAUGGCAUCCUUACCUAGAACCCUAUGGCCUUGUUUACUGCGUUAAUUGUCUCUGCUCAGAGAAUGGAAAUGUACUGUGCAGCAGAAUAAGAUGCCCAAGUCUACACUGUCCUUCCCCUGUGCAUGUACCACAGCUGUGCUGCCCACGAUGCCCAGAAGACUCCCUUUUCUCAGCAAGCAGCAAAAUCACUGGGAAAUCCUGUGAAUACAAUGGCACCACCUACCAUCAUGGCGAAAUGUUUGUGGCAGAAGGGCUUUUCCAAAACAGGCAAGCAAACCAGUGUGCCCAGUGCAGCUGCUCAGAAGGAAAUGUGUACUGUGGGUUGAAGACUUGUCCCAGAUUAACUUGCUCUUUCCCAGUUUCUGUUCCGGAGUCCUGCUGUCCAGUGUGCAGAGGAGAUGGAGAAUUAUCAUGGGAACAUUCCGAUGGAGAUAUCUUCCGGCAGCCAGCCAACAGGGAAGCUAGACACUCAUACCAUCGCUCCCACUAUGACCUGUCACCCAGCUCUGCGAGGCAGGUAGUCAACAUUCCACGAUUUCCCAAUGCCAGGAGUAACCGGGGAGUCCUACCGGAUCCCCAGCAAGCUUCAGGAACAAUAGUACAAAUCGUCAUCAACAACAAGCACAAGCACGGACGAGUUUGUGUUUCAAAUGGCAAAACGUACUCACAUGGUGAAUCUUGGCAUCCUAAUCUCCGGGCCUUUGGAAUCGUAGAGUGUGUGUUGUGCACCUGCAACAUCACCAAACAAGAAUGUAAGAAAAUUCAUUGUCCAGAACAAUAUCCCUGCAAAUACCCUCAGAAAGUAGAAGGAAAAUGCUGUAAAGUCUGUCCAGGUAAAACAAAGUUGAUCACAGACCACCUUUUUGCUGUGCAUGUUAAGGGGCUUGAAGAAGUGCCAAGUCAAACCUUUGACAGCAAAGAUUACUUCUGUGGGAAAGAGACAUUUCCCGUCUAUGAAUCCAUUUUCACAGAGGAAGGAGAAACCAUCAGAAAAAUUGCAGUAGAGACUGAAAAGCCACCUCAAAUAGAAAUACAUGUGUGGACAAUUAGAAAAGGGAUUCUGCGUCACUUCUAUGUUGAAAAAGUGUCCAAGAGAGAAUUUGAAGAACUUCCUUACUUCAAGCAGAUAACAAGGACAACCCCUAGCCAGUGGAAAAUAUUUAGCGAGGGAGAAGCUCAGAUCAGCCAAAUGUGUGAAAACAGAGUGUGCAGGACUGAGCUCGAGGAUUUGGUAAAGGUUUUGUACCUUGAAAAGUCUGAAAAGGGUCACUGUUAAGGGAGACAGCACUGGAGGGAGAAACACAAGAAAACUUAUGAAAACUUGGAUCUGCAGCUGGACUGCAGGCUUAUUUUGCUUAAGUCAACAGUUCCCUAAAACCCAAAACUAUAAUGCAGUAAUUAUUCACAUCAUGCACAGCAAAUCUGCUGCUUUAUGUGUAGUGGUCUGUGUCAACCGUUCAAAUAUCUCCUCCAAAAGACUAGGAGGCUCUGUAUUACUGGUGGGAGAAGGAGAAAGAGAGACUGUACUUUCCCAGAGUUGCAUUUCUUUACAAGUUACAAAGAGAAAACAGAACAUUUUUAUUAUUAUUAUUAUUUGGCAAGUUAUUCAAACUAAUGAAAAGAAGGACACCUAAUAAAUGUGCAGGAGCUAUGGAGAGCAUUAUUUCCUGUGCUGAGUUUAUACCAUUUCUGGUGUUGAAAUGACUCAUGGAUUUUUUUUUAGUAGUGGAGGAAAAAUACAAGUGAUACAAUACUUGUGUUGGAGACAUAAAAACAGAUUUAAACUAACAAACUCCUAAGCAGCCUGCCUUUGGGAUGAUGUCUUGUAGUUGAGCAAACUGAGUCCAUAAACUGAACAGCAGGUGUUAGUGGCAAUCACUAUAUUUUUGUAGCAAUUUGAGCAAAUGUUCGCUUUUAAGUGGUUUUCACUGUUUCCUCCACCCACUUCUCUAAAAAAUGUAAAGUGUUAGCUCCCUAUCACAGCCCUAAUAACUUCAUUCUUCUGGGCCCUAUUAACACAUGGUCUUGGCUGAUAAACUGCCUUCUAAAGUGACUGCCAGAAGGUGGUGAAGUACUUGCCCUACUUUCAAAACACCUAGAGGGUUAAAACUCCUGAUUAGUAACUCCUUAAGAGUUGUGACAGUGCUUAAUUUAUUUGUUCUGAUUUGUUACAAACCUAAUCUGCAUUUUUCUGAGAGUAACCUCUCAAUUCUCACACUUCAAGGACAGCUCUCUCCCGUGACAAACACCAAACAG